GGGGUUGUCGCUCACCGGCGUCGGGGAUGGCGCUGCCCUUUGCCUUCGAGGAGUCGGUCUUCGAGGAGGGCGGCGAGGCGUCCCGGGGUCGCGGCCCUCUUGCUUCCCCCUACAGCGCCCGGCGCUGCGAGCCCGAGUGGUUUUGUGAGCAGGUGAACUGCCAGGAUGAUCUCGAGAGGGUCAACGUAAGAAAGUUCAGAGGAGAUCUGGCCUAUAAGCAGCAAGAAUUCCAGAAGGCUCUUCAGGAGUAUUCCAGUUGUCUUGCACUUGUACCUCCCAGUAAUACUGCCAUGAGAAGAGAUUUAAAAGAGAGCCAAGCCCGCUGUUUAGCUCAUCUGGGGAAACAUGAGGAAGCCUUGAGAAUUGCAGAAAACCUGGUUGGUACUUUUCCAAGUGUCUUUCUCUUUAUAGCCUGGAUCCUCAACAUAGCGCUCACAGAUGUCAGUAUAUCUGGGGUUAUUUCUUUUCAUGCCUGUCAUGUCCCAUUUGGUUUUUUUUUUAAAGAUUAUUUUUAAUUAAAAAUAAAUAAAUGGGAAACUAGCAUGCUGUCACGUAAACUGCUAGCAUCAAGCAUAAUCUUUAUUUUCAAGAAUGCUUCUGGACCCACAUGGACACCGGAGACAUUCUUGGAAAAUAAAAAUGAUAGAAUGAUAUCACCUUGUUUUUUAUUUGGGAGUAAAAAAAAAAGAAAAAGCUGAGAAAAAAAUAAAGCUGAGGCAGCUGAGAGUCGAGGGAAGUAAAAUGUUUCAAAAUGGAAAUGUUUUCUGCUGGAAACACCUCCUUUCAAGUUUGAAAGGAGCUGUUCUGGUCUCACAAGACGUGUGAGCUUGGAAUAUUUCUGAUAUUCAGCCUGUUCUGAACUCAGAGUAUUUCAAAAUCACUAGUUUGUCUUCUGAUGAUCUUAUGACCAGCUAGACCUAUCAUGGAAACUGUUUCAAAAAGCAGCCUUCAUUAUGCACUUAAAAUUGUAAACAUACACCUCAUUCUUGAAAGCUGGUCUGGUGUAAUGGGCAGAGUGCACUGGGAAGACCCGAGUUCUAAUCCAGCCAUAGGCAUGUAAGCCACCCGAGUGUCUUUGGGCCAAUCUCUCUCUCUCACCCCAACCCACUUCACAGGGUUGUUGUUGCUGGCGAAAAUGGGAGGAGGGAGUGCUCUGAAUGCCACCUUGUGCUCUUGGCAAAAAGACAGGAUAAUAAGUGAAUGUUGGGGGUGCAGCAUUCUAGCCUGCAAGGAUUCCAUCAGUACCCAAUUCUCUGCCACUUUCUCGACUUUGUCUCCUACAAAAUCCAUCCAUCCAUCUACUGCCACUAUACUCACUGGAUCAAGAUGGGAGACAAUCUCCAUUGACAGGAAGAGAAAUCACUCCGGUGUGUGUUGCACCAAACAGCUUGCCGUACAGCAGAAUGUACCGUCUGGGUUGUUUGUGGAAUAGCUUCAAAGCAUUGUGUUGAAAUCUAUGUGUUAAUUUUUUAGAUUACCAUUAAAUGUUGUCAUUUCCAGAGAUUUGGGAAAGAAGUCAUUAG